GCGAGGCCGAAGGUAGGCUGGCAGAUGCGCUGGAUAGGUUACUCCUUUCUGCCCGUGGACACCGCCGAGUAAGCAUCGUUGACGUCUCCCCCCUCCACUGCCGUCAUGUCCAAGUCAGAGUCUCCCAAAGAGCCCGAACAGCUGCGGAAGCUCUUCAUCGGAGGUUUGAGCUUUGAAACAACCGAUGAGAGUCUGAGGAGCCAUUUUGAGCAAUGGGGAACGCUCACAGACUGUGUGGUAAUGAGGGAUCCAAACACGAAGCGCUCCAGAGGCUUCGGGUUUGUCACCUAUGCCACUGUGGAGGAGGUGGAUGCGGCCAUGAAUGCAAGGCCACACAAGGUGGAUGGAAGAGUUGUGGAACCAAAGAGGGCCGUCUCAAGAGAAGAUUCUCAAAGACCUGGUGCCCACUUAACUGUGAAAAAGAUUUUUGUCGGUGGCAUUAAAGAAGACACUGAGGAACAUCACUUAAGAGAUUAUUUUGAACAGUAUGGGAAAAUUGAAGUGAUUGAAAUCAUGACUGACCGAGGCAGUGGCAAAAAGAGAGGCUUUGCUUUCGUAACCUUUGAUGACCAUGACUCCGUAGACAAGAUUGUCAUUCAGAAGUACCAUACUGUGAAUGGCCACAACUGUGAAGUAAGGAAAGCCCUAUCUAAGCAAGAGAUGGCUAGUGCUUCAUCGAGUCAGAGAGGUCGAAGUGGUUCUGGAAACUUUGGUGGUGGUCGUGGAGGUGGUUUUGGUGGGAAUGACAACUUUGGUCGUGGAGGAAACUUCAGUGGUCGAGGUGGCUUUGGUGGCAGCCGCGGUGGUGGUGGAUAUGGUGGCAGUGGGGAUGGCUAUAAUGGAUUUGGUAAUGAUGGUGGUUAUGGAGGAGGCGGCCCUGGUUACUCUGGAGGAAGCAGAGGCUAUGGAAGUGGUGGACAGGGUUAUGGAAACCAGGGCAGUGGCUAUGGCGGGAGUGGCAGCUAUGACAGCUAUAACAACGGAGGAGGCGGAGGCGGCUUUGGCGGUGGUAGUGGAAGCAAUUUUGGAGGUGGUGGAAGCUACAAUGAUUUUGGCAAUUACAACAAUCAAUCUUCAAAUUUUGGACCCAUGAAAGGAGGGAACUUUGGAGGCAGAAGCUCUGGCCCCUAUGGCGGUGGAGGCCAAUACUUUGCCAAACCACGAAACCAAGGUGGCUAUGGCGGUUCCAGCAGCAGCAGUAGCUAUGGCAGCGGCAGAAGGUUUUAAUUACUGCCAGGAAACAAAGCUUAGCAGGAGAGGAGAGCCAGAGAAGUGACAGGGAAGCUACAGGUUACAACAGAUUUGUGAACUCAGCCAAGCACAGUGGUGGCAGGGCCUAGCUGCUACAAAGAAGACAUGUUUUAGACAAUACUCAUGUGUAUGGGCAAAAAAAACUCGAGGACUGUAUUUGUGACUAAUUGUAUAACAGGUUAUUUUAGUUUCUGUUUUGUGGAAAGUGUAAAGCAUUCCAACAAAGGGUUUUAAUGUAGAUUUUUUUUUUUUUUUUUUUUUUUUUGCACCCAUGCUGUUGAUUGCUAAAUGUAAUAGUCUGAUCAUGACGCUGAAUAAAUGUGUCUUUUUUUAAACGUGCUGUGUAAAGUUAGUCUACUCUGAAGCCAUUUUGGUAAAUUACCCCAACAGUGUGAAGUUAGAAUUCCUUCAGGGUGAUGCCAGGUUCCAUUUGAAAUUGAUUUACAACCUGCUUUGGUGGAGAAGCUAUUGUCUUCAGAAACCGUGGUGUAGUUGAACUGACAGUUACUGUGUUGUGACCUGGAGUUCACCUUUAAAAGGGUCACCCAAGCAAAGUCACGGAAUUUUUUUGGUUAUUAAUAUUAUGAUUGUUGGCACAUCCUAUGCAAUAUAUCUAAAUUGAAUUAUGGUACCAGAUAAAGUUACAGAUGGGAAUGAAGCUUGUGUAUCAUCCAUUAUCAUGUGUAAUCAAUAAACGAUUUAAUACCCUCUUGAAUGGAAUGACAACUGUAUGGAUUUGGGACUGGCAGAGCUUUGGACCUUCCCUACCCGCUACCCCUGAUAAUGUUGAAUGCUUUUUAUCACAAGUCAAGUUCAAAACUCUGCCAGAGAAUAGAAACCAGCUGCUGGCUAAUGCCACCCCAUAAAUCCACAAGAUAGAAGUUUUGGGGAGACCUUUUUAAACUGACCAGUACCAGUAAGAAUUUUACUCUUAACACAAAAACAGGCUUACAUUAAAGGAAAACUGCAGUUUUUGUGGUGGGGUGGGUCUUAAUGUAGGUUUCUGGAUUGACCACACUAGUAGUUCUCUGUAUGAAGAUAAAAAUUAAUGUGAUAAGGAACCAAAUUAUCUACUUAAAUUCAUGCUAACUGCAGUUUUCCUUUAAACGUGGUACAAGAGCACACAACCAUCCUAAAAUGUUGAUUGUAUAGAAAAUGAUUUCUAAAGCUUUAUAACAGUUUACUUAAUAUCCAAUCAUUGUUAUUUGUAUAUAGCUUCCUUUGAGCCCUCCCUUUGGUGCCCUCAAUUUCAGUGCCAUUGUACCUAGUAGCAUAGAGAUUUGUUUAUUACUAGGACUGUGUAUUCCAUCCCGUGGGUGUGUUACUUGGAAGUUUGGGGAGGGGUUGGGUGGGAGGUGGGUGGGUGUUGGAGGUGGGUGGGAAAGCAUGGGAUAAUAGUUCCAUGGGCUUGAUACUGGCUGAGUUUGCAAUGGCAGGUGGAACCUUAACUAUUGAGGGAGUUUGCAGAUACCUCAGGAUUCGUGACAAUGCCUUUAAAGAUCCAGGAGAGAUGUUCAGCUACUAGGAACUGCUAGCAAGUAUAGCGCGAAUGGCUCCGAGCUCAGACACUCUACAGCUGAGAGUAGACACUUGUGGUAUGUGGAGUACAGAUAAGCCAGGGGCAGGCCACGGCACCUCCAUGAAAGCUAGGAGGGAGUGAAGUUUCAGUGACCAUCGCAAGGAAGGAGGCAGACAAGAGUAAGGCACACCUGACUCUUAGGACUAGCAGUCAGAACCAGGAGAAAAGGUUUUAUUGCUAUGCUGGUAGGUAAGAACAGAUUUUACUUACAUCCAUAUAGCUCUCUAAAAUCCAGCUUUCUCUUAUAUUUUCUUUAAUAUAUUGAGCCAAAACUAGUCCAGUUAAGCUGAACUUGGUUUUUCUGGAAAUGAAUUGCUUUAAAUUGAUACCCUACUUUUGGUGGCUCCCAAUUGAAGGAAGUGAGCACUUUAAUUACUUCUAUUGUGAUAUAUU